AUGGCGGCCUCCAAAUUCGCCUCCAAUCAAUUCACAAUCUUUGUGACCCUCUUCACCGUCUUGUUCCUGGUGUUGUUCGGGAUUUUCGGUCGAUAUUCCGGAGAAACUUUGCCCAAUGGAUCGCCAGAUUUUGGAAAAGUUUCGAGAGAUUAUCCCUGUGAGUCUGUUACCGUAAUUUUGAUAUUUUUAAGUCAGCAUUUUGAACGUAGGACUUCUUUUACUCCAGAAAUUGCAUAGCUAUGAUGCAAUCUACUUGUUUUUCGAUUAAAUUACGAAAUCUUUGUCAUCAUUAUUGACAAUCAUCCGAAAACAUCCGAUUUAGUAUCGAUUACAGUAUAAUUUCUGUCAUUUUAGUGCUCCACGACACUCAUGGCUUCGUCUUGAUCGGCCUCGGAUUCUUGGUCGCCUUCUUGAGACGAUACGGAUUCUCAGCUUUGGCCAUUAACCUGCUGUUGGUGGCCUUUGUCUUGGAAUGGGGACUGAUUAUCCGCGGGUUCCUGAGCCCCGAAUUCUCUCAGCAUUCGGCUUUCAGCAUCUCCUUGAAGGAGUAAGAAUUUUGUUUGUUUCUUGAUCUAUUAAUAUAACUUUAAAAGGCUUUUAAUAAGAAUAUCUACGCUAGGCCGGCAAAUAUUCAAUUAACUCUUUAAUUACAGUAUCGCCAAGGCCGACUACACCGCUGCCUCGGUCCUCAUCUCCUACGGCGCUGUUGUUGGCAAGCUCUCGCCCAUCCAAUAUGUGAUCCUUGCCUUCAUCGAGACCCCUCUUUCCAUCGUCAAUGAAUUCAUUCUUUUCGCGCUUCUGGGCGUUGGAGAUGUUGGUGGAUCCAUUGUUGUCCAUCUUUUCGGAGCCAUCUUCGGUAUUGCUGUUGCUCGAGUUGUCUUCAAGCCAUCGCAGAUCCAAUCCGAACAUCAGGGAUCCAUCUAUCAUUCAGACAUCUUCUCGUUUGUCGGCACUGUCUUCCUGUGGGCUUUCUGGCCAAGUUUCAACUCGAUCUUCGCUGUAACGGCUGCUGAACAACAACGAGCUGUGGUCACGACUUUCCUGGCUCUUUUGGGAUCUACUGUCACCACUUUCUUGUUCUCUCAAUUACUUAACAAGGAGGUAAGACAAGUUUUCUAAACUAUUUUUAUCUAUUUUUUUGGAUACUUUGUGGAAUCCGAAUUAGGUUUUAGCGGCAGACUGUAACCACAGCCAAUAAACCGUCCUUUAGACCCGUUUACAGACCUAUUUACCAUCGAAAACCCGUUUUACUAUGGGAUAAUUACCGAACUGUGACCUUGAAUAAGUUUAGAGUCUGGGUUCGGCCGGAUUAAAAUGUUUACACUUUUCGAAAAAGGGUACCGAAAUUUGAAAUAAAAAGAAGAAUCCAAAAUACCUAAAAUUAAAUUAAAAUAAUGUGAAUAAUUUUCAGAAGCGUUUCAACUUCAAACACAUUGCCAGCGCCACCUUGUCUGGUGGAGUUGCCACCGGAGCUGUUGCCACUUUGGUUUUGUCGCCGUUGGCCGCUCUUUUGGUCGGAAUCGUCGCUGCCAUCAUCUCUGUUCUUGGAUUCAACGUUGUCACGGUAUGCCAGGAAUUAAGAUUACGGAUCAGGGUUGCAUUUUACAAAAUUGAAAUUUCCAAGGAUUUAUACAGCCUUUAGUCAAAAAUUAAGUAUUUCAGCCCCUCCUCGCCCACAAACUUGGAGUCCACGACACUCGCGGCGUCCUCUCCCUUCACGGUCUCCCCGGCAUUGUUGGAGCUUUGGCCUCAGUCAUUCUACUCUUUUUGACCCCCACUGAAGUCUUCGGAGAGACCAUCCGCAACAUCUAUCCCCUCCACAAGACUGAUUCCAAAGAUGGCCGAACUCCCGCUGAACAGGCGCUAUUCCAAUUGGCUGGCCUUGGUGUCACCAUUCUCUUUGCUUUGGUCACUGGAGUCAUCACUGGUAAGUUCGAUCAGUAUUGAAAAAUAGAAAACAUCAAAACCCGUCGUAUUUCUUUCGCUAAAGGGUUACUACAGAAUGUCUUAAAACACAACUUUAGGUGUGAUUCUCCGUCUUAAAAUCUGGCGUCAAGUCCGCGAAAAGGAGAAUUACAGCGACACUGACUUCUUCGAAGUUCCAGAAGACUUUGACUUCACCACUCGGGUAAGUAUUCAUACAUAUUACGAACUUAUUCAUUUUUGAAAUUUUGGAUGACCAAAUUUCUAUUUGGGCAAGUCCCCAAAUAAAUUAGUUUGGGCCAAAAAAUCUUAGUUCACGCUUUGCAAUUACAGUUUUUUUGUGUUUUGUUAAAACUUAUGUCUUAUUUUCAGGUGACAAGCCACAUUGAACGUGUCGAGUUGACCGAGCACACCGAACGAACCAAACUCACCAACAACGAAUUCACCAACUAA